GCCUGACAUCUUGCCAGCUGCGCAUGCGCUUUAUCUUUGUUUAGUUUCCAAUCUGAUCAGCUGUAGCAAUGCACAAGCUUAAAUCAGCCCAGAAAGAAAAAGUGAAGCAGUUUAUUUCCUUCACCCAAGCGGGCGAGAAAACAGCAAUCUAUUGCCUGGCUCAGAAUGACUGGAAACUCGAACUUGCAUCAGAUAACUUCUUCCAAAAUCCUGAUUUAUACUACAGAGAACAACGGCCGUCAGUUGACAAGAAAAAGUUAGAACAUCUAUAUAACAGAUAUAAAGAUGCGAGCGAACCAAAUAAAAUUCUCGUGGAUGGGGUCAUGCGACUAUUGGAUGACCUCGACCUAUCUCCAGACUCACGUCUUGUGCUCAUCUUGGCGUGGAAGUUACGGGCUGCCACACAAUGCGAAUUUACUCGAGAUGAAUUUAUGAAUGGAUUUACUGAACUAGGAUGUGACAGCAUAGAUAAACUCAAAGCUAAGCUACCAACAUUGGAACACGAGUUGAGAGAUACAGCAAAAUUCAAGGAUUUCUAUCAGUUCACAUUUAAUUAUGCACGGAAUCCUGGACAGAAGGGUUUGGACUUGGAUAUGGCGCUAGCUUACUGGAAUAUUGUCCUUCAAGGAAGAUUCCGCUUACUCAAUUUAUGGUGUCAAUUUCUCCAGGAACACCACAAACGCUCCAUACCAAAGGAUACUUGGAAUCUCCUUCUGGACUUUGCCUUGAUGAUUAACGAAGAUUUGUCAAACUAUGAUGAGGAGGGAGCGUGGCCUGUAUUAAUUGACGAUUUUGUCGAGUACGCAAGACCGAUCAUCACGGGGCAACCAACUCAAGUCUAGGGGCUGGGUAGAUGUGCUGCUAGAACUUAUAACAGCUCAAGAACUUUAAUUUCAUUUUUUUUUUUUCAAGACCAAUGUGUGGAAUUUUAAUAUAUAAGAAGUGACUAUUAAAAAAGACAAAGACUCAUUAUCUGUGUUGCCAUCAUCAGUAAAUAUCACGUUUCCAGACAUAUGGUGUUUUUUCAGUUACAUUAAAUGAUCAAGAAGCCUACCAGUUGUUAGUGCACGUGGUUACUAUAUACCGGCGCGAGGAAAGCUAUCAUUGGAGGUGAAGAAAAACUUGGUAAAAAAAAAAACUAUAAAAAAGCCAAAAGAACUAUUAUGCAAAUAGAUAAGUUAUCCAUCAUUGUCAGCUUCAUAGAAUAUAUUACAAAGAAAACAAAAAACACUUUAAUAAUGGAAUGCAGUUGGGAGUACCUAUGUACAGUAUGACCUGUUGGCUGUAACUGGUCAUAUAAUAAUUACAAAGCUGAAAUAUUGUUUUGAAGUUUCAUAUAUGUUGUGGAAGUCCAUUAAAAAGAAAACAAUAGAAAGUGACACAGGCUACAGUCAGUUUGCUUGUCUUUAUCGUGAGAGAAGAGAAGCCAUUGUACGUUUGUGAGUCUGUAGCUGUAGAAGACCAGCGUUAUUUUUUAUCUUCAGGCAACAAAAGAUGUCAUCAUCACAAUUACCCUUUAGAGACUUUAAAUUUCCUCAUAUUCAAGAUUUUUGUUUUGUUUUUUUAAAUUAUGUUAAAAUUAAGUUUCCUAUGUUUGUCAGGAGCUUAUUGAGUAAUGUGAUCACUAACUGCAGUAAACCAUAGUGUGUAUAAACUUUAGAUUGGAAAUUAGCUAACAGUUUUUAUGUUCUCUCCCGCUUAUUUCAAAGUUAACUAUUCAUCGACAACUAACGGGCAUUUUCGUACGACAACCUUAAGUUAUCCCAUAGGUAAGGCCGUGUUCAAUAUGUUCUCUUUCAGUUCGUUUGAGGACUUUUCGUUGUGUUUUGGAGUUGACCACAGUUUAUAAUCCCACGAUGAGUUUGUAAAAAAAAUAUAUUAGAGUUGUAAUUAAUUAUGAAAUAGCUACUACUGGAACUAUAAUGACAGGAAAGAAUUGUAAAUCAAAUACUGUGUGCAUACCUGCGUCCACUAAGAUAUAGGUGCAUUUUACCAGUCUCCAGAAUAUUUUUUUACACUUGCCAAGGGGAUGAGUAGAUUUGUGCUAUAUAUUACCUGGUAUAAUUUUUACUUUUACUAUGGUUAAAUUUGUCAAAAAUAAAAUAUAUGAGACUUUUUACAUUAGUACAUGGCAAAGUUUACAAGUCAGUUUAGUACUAGUGGAGGAAAUAUUUAUGUUUAUGACAAUUUGAAUUUUCGUUUGAUUUUUUCUUUUGGAUUUCUUUUGGUUAUAUGCAAUAUUAGUCUAAAUCAUUAAAUCAGAACAAGUUCCAAGCACUGUUUACACACACACACACACACACACACAUGUACAUACACUUCUCCUGGUAUGUGUGCUGUACAAAGUAGAUUAAACAUGCCAAUUAAGUUUUCAUUAACUCCUGAAUUUGCCAUUUAAAUUCUUUUCUUUUUCAUUUCACAACCUUCUUAGUUGACACUCCUUGUAGCCUUUUGUUGAUAGUAUUAAUUGUAUACUGUAAUUCAAGAUAGAUAUACUGUACAGUAAACGUAUCAUAACUAACAUGAGGGAAGGUUAGUGUGGUCAACUUUGUUAGGUUAGCACUGGUAUAAAUUGACUUAGGAUUACUAAAUUGAACUGGGUGACUGCUGCUAUGUACACACAAGUUUGAACUCUGAUAACAAGUAAGAUAUUUUAAAUUUAUGCUCUUUGGCAAGUUGCCUAUUUAGUACAGUGCAUAUAUAUAUUCAGUAUAUAUUUAUAUACUGUGUAUGUAUAUAUAUAUUGGGAGGAAACAAAAUAUAGUUGGCAUUUUAGUCAUCUCUGCUCUGUUCCCAGCUUAUUUACAAACUCUACCAUAAUUAUUUCCUGGUCCAUGUGCUUGGAUAACGCUGUACAAGUGGGAAAUAACGUUAUAAACUUCGAGUUUCCUGCUGUGAUACGUGAGGCGAUGAUAUGUAAUAUGAAAAUGUCGGUUCACUGUGUUUCAAGUCUACCACCUUCUAAAGCUGAAUUGAUAUAUUUCAGUGUAUCUGUACUGUAUUUCUUGAUGAUACUAAUAGUCGGCACAACAUGAUUAUUCUUUAUGUUAUAUUUUUUGUGAGAAACCUCCACUGUUCAGAGUUAUUCAGGCUUAUGGUUACAAGAUAAUAGUGUACCUGUAUACACCAUGGGCAUGCAAUACAGCUUUCUAUACUGGCCUUGGAAAAACCUGAAAACCUUUAAAGAAACAGAUGGUAACCCAGGCAGUAGAGGACUUGUCAAGGUGUGAGGAAAUGGUACUUCUUCAGAGGGGAUUGUUCCUAAGUUUACUACCAACCGAUCUGAUGAUCUUUGUCACUUUUGGAUCCUUGCCUUGUCAUUCAUUAUGUGCAAAAUUUUAUGGUUUUGACAUAAUCCUAACAAUAUUGAAGCAUACACUAACAUUCACAUUUUUCCAUACCCCAAUUUUAUAGGAGCUUGUUGUGUAGGAGGUCAGAAACUGUGUUAUUUAACCAACUGUUUUCCUCUGUGAGAUAAACCGAAGAGAAAAUAAAUAGUAUUCUUGUGUACCAAACAUUACAUACAGUAUAACAAUCCGUAGAUAAAUUAACAUACAACUCUUACUGUCAUACCAAAAAAUUUAUGACACUUGAGUAUUGGUAAAGUCUAACUUCUGUAUAUGUUUUUUGUCGAUUGUUUAAAACUGAUAUUGUAUAUUAAGUUGUAAAGACAGCCUUAACGAAUUAUAUGAACUACUGUAUAUCAUUUACUUAAAAAACCCGGUUUAAAAGUAAUUUGUUUUAUGACUGGUUAAAGUAAUUAACCCUGAAAUAUAGUGGUUGCAAGUCAUCAUCAAGAUCCAAACUGACAAUUAAUAUACCCGUACGUACUACAAAUAUUUUAAAGAACCAUAAAUUAAAUUAUGAGAACCUCAAGAGGCUUAGAGUGAAACUACUAAGUCAUGUCAGAUACAAAAUAUUCAUGAUUGUGAUUUGUACAUUAGGUCUGCCCACUUCAUAUUGAAUUGAGGCUUUUCAUUUUUAGGUUAUUUUGAUAGUUUAACAUUUACCAUAUCUGUUGUAGGGAUUUUUUUCUGUAAAGAAAGAAUUUUGUUACAACAGUCAAUUCACUUUUUUAACUAUUUCAAUUUAGCUCAAGCAUCAUAGCACUAUAACAUGCCUCCUCGUAUCAGUCCCCUCCAAGCCUGUGUGAAGUUGACUUAACAGGUAAAUACUGACUGUUCUGUAAUACUUUCUACACUUGUAAAUAAAAAAUUUUGAUUACUGGA